UAGGUUAGAAGCAUACUGUUGUGACACAUGUUCUUCGUACAUAUGUAUCAUGACUUCACAGGACAAACUCAGUGUUAUCAUAGCAAUAUAGCACGAAUCCAUCUAUUCAACCUUUUAUAUCGUCUUUGUGGCAUCCAAAUCCUUAUCUUUAUCUGAUCCCUACUCUGUCAUACUUUUGCUGUUUCCCUCUCUUUCUCUCUUCUCUUUGUUCAAUUAUCUACUCGAAUGGAUCUGGGCAGCAUUCUCCAUUUUCUUGAGGACAGGUCUAUUCUUGUCACUGGUGCCACUGGUUUUCUGGCUAAGAUUUUUGUUGAGAAGAUUCUUAGGGUUCAACCAAAUGUGAAGAAGCUCUAUCUUCUUUUAAGAGCUGCAGAUGAAAAAUCCGCAAUGCAACGUUUUAACACUGAGGUGAUAGCAAAGGAUUUGUUCAUGGUUCUUAAAGAGAAAUACGGGCGAAAUUUAAAUUCUCUUAUUUCGCAAAAAAUUGUGGUUGUACCUGGUGACAUUACCUGCGAGAACUUGGGAAUCAAAGAUAGAGAUUUGUUGGAGGAGAUGUGGAAAGAAAUUGAUGUUGUAGUUAAUCUAGCUGCCACUACAAACUUCGAUGAAAGAUAUGAGGUUUCACUUGACAUUAAUACAUUUGGAGCUAUGCGUGCUUUGAGUUUCUCCAAAAAAUGUUCCAAAUUAAAGGUUCAUAUUCAUGUAUCAACAGCGUACGUUUGUGGUGAGAAAGAGGGACUCAUAUCUGAGACUCCAUACUACUUGGGCGAGACACUUAAUGGGAUAAGUGGACUCGAUAUUGAUAGAGAGAAAAAAGUGGCGGAGGAAACUUUGAAGCAGCUAAGUGUUGAAAAUUCUUCACAAGAAUAUAUUAAAUCAGCCAUGAAAGAAUUGGGGAUUCAAAGAGCAAGGAAAUAUGGAUGGCCAAAUACCUAUGUUUUUACAAAGGCAAUGGGAGAGAUGCUGUUGGGGCACAUGAAAGAAAAUAUGCCCCUCGUCAUCAUUCGUCCUACAAUCGUAACCAGUACGUACAAAGAGCCCUUCCCGGGUUGGGUCGAAGGGAUCAGAACCAUUGAUAGCUUAGCUGUUGGUUAUGGCAAAGGAAGAAUAACAUGUUUCCUUGGUGACACCAACACCAUAAUUGACUUGAUCCCAGCAGACAUGGUGGUGAAUUCAAUGAUUGUAGCCAUGGUAGCUCAUGCAAAUCAACCAAAUGAGACCAUAUACCAUGUUGGAUCUUCUGUAUCAAAUCCUUUGACAUGUACAAUGUUUCAAGAAUAUGGCCACCAAUACUUCACCAAGCACCCCUGGAUCGACAAGGAAGGCAAACCUGUCAUAGUUGGCAAGGUCAAAGUGCUCAGCACAAUGGAUAGUUUCCGAUCAUACAUGACGAUUCGCUACUUGCUCCCAUUGAAGGGAUUGCAAUUAGUGAACGCAGCUUGUUGCCAAUACUUCCGGGGCGAGUAUCUUAAUAUGUACAGAAAGAUCAAAUAUGUUAUGAGGUUGAUUGAUCUCUAUCGACCUUAUUUGUUCUUCAAAGGAGCCUUUGAUGAUAUAAACACAGAAAAACUGCGAAGGGCAGCAAAAGAAAGCAACGUUGAGACCGAUAUGUUCGACUUUGAUCCCAAAACCAUUAAGUGGAAUGACUAUUUCAUGAGCAUUCACCUUCCAGGAGUAGUGAAAUACUUAUUCAAAUAACUUGAACUUGUAACAAUUGCCAUUAGAGCAAAUUUAUUACGUUACUCAGAUUCUUCAUUUUAUUCCAAGUGAUCAUUUAUUAUAGGCAUAGCAACUGGAUUUGUUAAAUUUGGGGAUUUCAAACUGUAUUCAUGUAUGUUAUAAAACUGGUUCUUGUUUUCAAGUACAAUUCUUUUACUUUA